UGCGGCGGGAAUAGGCGCUCUGCACGUGUGGGGACAGUUUGUUCACACGUUGGUGGGAAAAAGGAGCGAAGCGACCCGCGAGAUCAAACUUUUUGGGGGCUUUUGAGGGGUAAACGAAGCUCCUAUGGAAAAUUCAGCUUUGUUUAUGGACAGUAAGAAUAUAGCCUGUGCUUCUUUCUCCUCUGGAGAAGCACGUAUGACAGAUAAGCCUGGUACGUCCUUCAGUAGAGAAGCAGUUAGCCCUGAAGACACCAAAUUAUCCGGUGAUGUUUCUGGAGCAACAGCCGGGAUUGACCUGAAGCCAAAGUUCAUACAGCGAGCCAAAACAUGGUCAGAUGAAGUGGAAAAUCUAUACAGAUUUCAGCAAGCUGGCUAUAGAGAUGAAAUUGAAUAUAAGCAAGUAAAGCAUGUUGCUGGGGUGGAAAGGUGGCCAGAAACCGGAUUUGUGAAGAAGCUUCAGAGGAAGGACAAUACUUUCUACUAUUACGAUAAGGAAAGAGAAUGCGAGGACAAAGAAGUCCAUAACGUUAAAAUGUAUGGCUACUGAUCUAUGCCUCAUCCUCCACUGUUUUUAGAAAUGAUCUUAUUUUAUUUUUUGCCUGGAAUAGAACGGAACCCAUUAAAAGGUUUUUAAGACGUAA